AUGCCGUAUUUUGUUUUUAUUGCUACCUAUUUGGGUAAGAUGUUGAAAGAGAAGUUAAAUUCCCAUGUUGAAGGAGUUAAUAGUGCUCAUAACCAAGCUAUCCAAAAGAGAGAAGAUCUAUUGAAGGAAAAGCAACACAUUCAAAGUGUUUUGGUUAAGCAAUCAAAUCAAGAUAAAAUUGAAUAUCGAGUUCAAUUAAAUGCAAUAGUUGAUUGCAUACAAUUCCUUUUAUGCCGGGGAUUAGCUUUUCGUGGUCACGAUGAAUCUCAAGGUUCAAGUGAUAAAGGAAAUUUCCUUGAGCUUCUACAAUUUUUGGGAGAUCACAAUGAAUCUAUCAAUGAAGUGUUGCAAAAAGUUCUGAAAAAUUGCAAGCUUACCCACCCUAAUAUUCAAAAAGACAUUGUGAAUGCAAUUGCACGUGAAACAUCCAAAGCCAUCAUCAAGGAUCUUGACAAUGGGUUCUUUUCAAUAUUAGUUGAUGAGUCACGUGAUAUCUCAGUGAAAGAACAAAUGGCCCCCGUUCUUCGUUAUGUGAACAAAAAAGGAAUUAUUAAUGAGCGGUUCCUUGGUAUCGUACAUUUAGCAAGUACCACCGCUUUGUCACUCAAACAUGCUAUUGAGUGUUUACUUUGUGAACAUAAUUUGAGUUUAUCGAACCUAUAUGAGCAAGGUUAUGACGGGGCUAGUAAUAUUAAUUUAGUAACUGUUGUUGGAGGCUUUUGUAAGAGACGAGAUGCUCUUCGAGAUACACAAUUUGCCAAAAUUAAAGAAGAUUUAGAGAAUGGUGUACGUAGAAGUGGGCAAGGUUUGAAUCAAGAGACAAAUCUUAAACGUCCUGGUGAUACACGUUGGGGAUCAUAUUAUGAGACUAUUCUCAACUUGAUUUUAAUGUUCUCUGCUGUUGUUGAUGCACUUGAGAUUAUUGAAAAAGAUGGCAUCUCCGACCAAAAAGUUGAAGCUCAAUCUAUUAUGAGAUUUUGUAAUUUAUGCUUGUUGAGGAACACCGAGGAAAAAAUUUCGGGAGUUGCCACUGCCUCUGAUUGUAUUGACUUCACCGGAAUUUCUGCCAUCGUCUGA